UCAUGUACAGCCCACGGUCGCAGCCGCAGUCUUAGUCGCUGUGUUUUGUGGGACAGUGGAGGACUGUGUGUGUCAGCCGCCGGGUCGCUAAUACUCUGCGCUCGGGCUUUUUGAAGAUGCUGGUCGUCGAGGGAGAUGUGGGGGAUGUGGUGAGAGCAAGAGGACGCCCUUAGGAAAGCCCUUCCUUCGGCUCCCGGACCCGAGCACUCGGCCAUGGCGGGGCUCAUCAAGAAACAGAUCCUGAAGCAUUUGUCCAGGUUCACCAAGAACCUGUCCCCGGACAAGAUCAAUCUGAGCACGCUCAAGGGCGAGGGGCAGCUGUCGAACCUGGAGCUGGAUGAGGAGGUGCUGCAGAACAUGCUGGAUUUGCCCACCUGGCUGGCCGUCACACGUGUCUACUGCAACAAGGCUGCCAUCCGGAUACAAUGGACGAAGCUGAAGACUAACCCCAUCUGCCUGUUCCUGGAUAAGGUGGAGGUAGAGAUGAGAACCUGCGAGGAGCCACGUCCCCCCAAUGGCCCUUCUCCCAUUGCCAUCACUGCUGGUCAAAGUGAGUAUGGCUUCGCGGAGAAGGUGGUGGAAGGCAUGUCCGUGGUCAUCAACUCCAUCGCCAUCAGGGUGCAGGCGCGUGCCUUCCGUGCCUCCUUCGAGCUCUGGCAGCUGCAGGGCACCAGCCUCAACCCCAAGUGGCAGCGCAGCGACCUCCGCUACACCCGCAUCACGGACCCGAAGAGGGGGGAGGUCCUGACUUUCAAGGAGAUCAACUGGCAGAGCCUGCGUAUUGAGGCGGACGCCAUGGAGGGCGAGGAGCAGGACCUGGGAAGCACGCCGCUGCGCCUCAUCACCAACCAGGGCCGCAUCCGCAUCGCACUCAAGCGCAGGGUGAAGGACUGCAACGUGCUGGCCUCGAAGCUCCUCUUCAUCCUGGACGACCUGCUCUGGGUGCUGACCGACUCGCAGCUCAAGGCUGUCAUUCACUACGCCAAGUCCCUGAGCGAGGCCAUGGAGCGCUCGGCCCAGCAGAGAAAGAGCAUGGCCGGCGAGUCCCUGCAGACCGCACCCCCCUCCCCUGGUGCGCACACCCUGUGGAGUGAGCCGGCACCCUCUCCCAGCGGAGUUCCCAGCAAUCUCAGCCAGUACUUUGAGCUCCAUGAUGUGAAGGAGUCCUCUUACCACACCUUCAUCUCCCGCCUGGACCUGCACAUCUGCAACGACAGCUCCUCGCAGGACCCAGAUGAGCCUCAGCCCCGGGGGGCCCAGGGGGCCAUGCAGCUGACCUUCCGCAAGCUGGGCUUCGACUACUACCCGUUCCACCGGCCUGGUGACGGCUGUCGACACUGGGAGCGCUACUGCAGCGCUAUGGAGUCUCAUGCCCAGUGGGCCGAGAAGCUUCUGCAGGACUUCCGGCGGCAGGAGGAGGGGUCCGGUUUACCGGGGCCACACGCAGAGACGCCCUCCAGAAGGACUCAAGGAGACGGAGACGCCAGCCCUAAGUCGAGCCCCCCCGAGCGAGGACAGGGCUCCCGCCGUAGCUCGGCGGCCCCGGGGCCCGGAGCGGGGCGGUCCCCCUGCAAGAGGCUGCGCUCCAGCUGCGUGGUGGUGCGGGUGGACGACCUGGACAUCCAUCAGGUGUCCACUGGGGGGCGCCACAGCAAGAAGACGCAGUCCCUGCUGUCGUGCAACCGCAAAGCCCUCCACGCGGGGGACGGGGUCCCCGCCAUCCACGGGCAGUUCACCGAGUACUACUUCCCCGACAACCCCGGACUGCCCGUGCCGUGCUCCAACCUGUACGCCCAGCUGAGCGGUCUGCAGCUAUAUCUGGACCCGGCCAGCGUGCUGUGGGUGAGCCUGUUCUGCCGGGGUCUGCUGCGCACGCUGGACCAGGUCAAGGCCUUCUACCACCUGCAGGACCGUGGUAAGGGCGAGGAGCACGUGGACACCCGGCUGGACGCCACGCAACUAAGGCUGGUCAUCCCCUUGGAGUCUUCCAUCCUGGACCACCCCGACCGCCCGCAGUCCCUCAGCAUUACCGUUCCCCAGGCAGUCCUUAGCAACACGCGCCACUGCCCCCACAGCUCCCGGGCCAACCUCCAUGCCACCUGCAGCACCUUCUCUGCCUGCCCCUUCUUGCAGCCCCCGCCACCGUGGGCCUUCCCUCGCGACCAGAGCACCUUUCACCCUCUGCCUCGCGCUUUCCUUCACCACGCUUCCGAACUGGAUCCUCCGCCCCCAGACAGGCGGUCACCGCGCUCCCGGGACGUCUGGGCAGUUAGCCUGUCCCGCCUAGCUCUCAGCUUUGAGGGGGCCCGUCGGGGCCCCAAGGGGAAGCCCCAGCCUUUCGUGGAGCCCUUUGCCUUGUCCGUCUGGAUGUGUCACCCUGCCGCUUUUGAGCUCAAGCCCUUGGCAACUUGGGGCGACCGCAUGGACUCCUCCUCAGAGACCCUGGGGAACUGCCUCAGAUGUAGCCCUGGCCACCAGGUGGAUGAGUCGCGCGGCAGGGAGGCGGCUCCUCUGGCCUCCGUCCACAUCCUGGCCCAGUCCAUGUCUCCCGUCAAGAUGUGGCUCAACCACUACCAGUACUUGGCGAUGCUGCGUAUGAAGGACAUGCUCGCCGGCUUGGCGGCGGAGAUGUCUCGAGGCGCCCAGCAAGCCGGAGAAGAGGAGGCGGACCUGCCCACCGCAUGCGCGGUGCUUCUGAUGGACAGCGUGGAAGCAGGGCUGCUCCUCCCUCCGGUUGUAGGUGAGCCGGAAGCGGGGGUUCGCUCCCCGGAGGAGACGGACAGCCCGAGCCUAACGGACUCGGACCUCUCACCCGCUAGAGUAGCCCAGCCGGGCUUGCUGGAGGACAGCGGCAUCGGGAGCGGCUCCGGAGCACCGGAGAGGGAACCUGAGGGUGUGGUGGAGGAGGCUUGUGAGGCUGUAGAGGAGGCUGAUGAGGUAAAUGAAGUAGUUCAGGAGGAACAGGCUCGAGGCGUCUCCCCUCCCCUCUCCCCCGGUCACCAGCAACCACUGUCCAGGGAGGCGUCCUCCUUCAGCCUCGAGGGCGAGCUGUCCAGCGCGCUGAGCGCCACCAAGGAUGCCACCAAGGAUGCCCUGAGCGCCUCUCUGGACCUCACCAAGGGAGCUUUCUCCAUCACCAAGGAUGCCCUCAGCCUUUUGAGCCGUGGAUCAGCCAUGAGCAAGCUUUUCACACCUCAGGCCAGGGACCAGGCGCAGUGGCACGAGGAGGCAGCAGCCCCCGCACCGGGGGGCCUGCGACCAACGCCUGUCAGGCAGUCGCCAUCCCAGCACUCCUUUGACAGCGCCAUCCUGGACGGCAGUCUGCCCGAUGACGGGCUCUCGUUGGACAGCGACACCAGCGAGAACUUUGCCAUCCUCGCAGAUUCCGAGUCCGGGCUGGAGUCCAUGCGACCCGAUGGCAUCCCCUGCGUGCCCGCCGACGUCACGAGCCGAGGCAGCCCCGCUCCCGGGACCGAGGGGGGGUCGUCAGCUGACCUGAGCAGUUCCCUUUCCCAGAGCACGGACGACAUCGCCCAGGAUAUGGCCUCCGUGUUGCUGCUGCAGCUCAGUUCCCUGGGCUCUGUGCUCGACAUGAAGGGGGAGGACCAGGUGCUCGCUCUCGAAGCCCAAAGCCUGACCACCAAGCAGUUGGGCAACCAGAGGGUUUCCGAGCUGCUGGGCGCUAAUGCCCUCCAGUGGGCACCAGCCCCCUCCCCGCGGCGCUGUGGUGGGCCUCCCAUGGUGCGCAUGCGACUGGAGAUGGGUCCCUGUGCGGGUCGUCACUCGCCGCUGGCGGAAUCGGCCGGCUUCUUGGAGAUGAGCGUGGCGGGCUGCCGGGCCGAACUCCUGGCCUCCACCUUGACCACCAUCGGCCCUUUCCUGGAAGACGAGCUGAGUGCCGACGUGCAGCCGCUACGACUCCACUUGGAUGCCACGACCAUCACGCUCAAGGACGAUGGGCCGCCAGUAUAUCCCACCGCCCCGAAACCAGUGCCAACUGUGUUCAGCUUGGAUCGGUUGGUCUUGGAGCGCACCGAUGAUGGCAUCUUCCGGCUCAGAGCCAAGGAGAGUGACGCGGCAAAGGCCGCUACCGUAACGGCGGGCCGCGAUGCCGUGGGCAGGACAGAAGCAUGCUGGGAGCACUCUGACUGCUCUCCAUCUGUCCCCCAGCAAGAGGACAACGGGGUGCGAAGCCCAUCUCUGGAAUCCCAGCUGAACGAGGUCCAGGAGGCCCUCGCCCACGCCAUCUCCGACCGAGAGCGCCUCCUGCAGGAGCUCCACAAGUACGACCCACUGUUCAACCUCUGACCUUCUGCAUCUCCAGCCCAGCGGAAGGUGCUGCUCCUCAUCAUUGCUGCGGAUACUGAAGGCCGGGGGAGGGAGGGGGUCGGGCAGGGGACGACGUGUCGGACGCAGCUCCGCCUGCAUGGGAGAAGGAGGGUGGAGCUGGAGGAGUCGCUCUGAAGGAGACGAAGACUUUUGGGGAAAUCGGCCGGCUCUCCUGACUCAAGAGCCCAUGGAGGACUUUGUGAAUCUCUGCUGUUUUGCUCAUGAGCACAAGGGCCUGCGGCCACCCGGUGCUGCAGUCUGCAUUACCUUUUAUAACCCGAAGCACUGGAGAGCGAAUAGCUGUCUCCCUCAAGGACACACGGAUCGGUUUCGCUUGCCGUCUCCUCAUGCUCCUUUCUUCAUGCUCCAAUAAUUUAUUUACCUUGUUUUUGGUUGCAUGCCCUCAAGUAGCCGUAUUUUCGCGAGUUUUGGUGUCUGUGUUAACUGUACAAAUGGCGUUAUUCCUUUGUGGUGACUCCUCACCUCUCUAACACACACACACACACACGCAAAAAGCUCUCCUUUCCACUGCCAGGACAUUGUCCCGUUUUUUCCGACUCCGUUAUUUAAGUCCGUCUCCGACUCCUGCACCGUCCCCCAUGAGCAGCUUCCCUUCCCCGAGAAGCGGAUGAGGAGUGUAGGAGUGCGAGUUGACGCUAGCCGACACGUAUAGUCAGAAGAAGCUCUUGCGGCAGUUCCUGUUUAUAGACGUACAGAAGUGUUUUGUGUAUAAAGGUUUUCUGUGUGGCUGCUGAUCACAGUACGGUGCAAUGCACGGUACGAGCGUUUAUGGGGUUUUUAAAUUAUUAUUAUUAUUUUAUUUUAUUUUUUUGAGAAGGGGAAGAUGAGCACUUUGAAGUGAUGCGAUGACCCGUUCCUUUACUGGCUGUUCACCUGUAUGAAAUAUUCAUGAAGUCUCCUUUACUUGAAAUGGAUUUGCUCCUUUUGGGCCGUGCAUGGAAAUGUUCACAGUUCGGAGUUAAGGGAUGUAUUUCCCAGGAUGCGUUUGGCCUGUCCUUCAGGGAGGCCUGUCAAGGAGUGCGGUUCUGUGGAGUAAAGGUUGAAGGUGCGACGUCUGGGGUCCGGCGGAGCGGAUCUGUCUUGGGUGUGACAUUUCCUGUAGUUGUCAUAGGGAUGAGGCCGAUGUCCUGUCUGCGGUGCCGGUUGUGACACCCUGACCGCGUCCUGCUUUAGGUACCCUGGACCGACCUGGCCUCGCUAAGGGGGGUGGGGGGGAGGGAUUCCAUGCCCCCUGUUCGACCUUGGAUGGAGUCAUCUGGUUCGGACAGACGGCGACGGGGAGGAGUGGGUCUGCCUUCAUUGCCAAAACCUUCAGUGUUUUUAAGGAGCAACAGACCGUUGGUCAACUACAGAUCUCUGGAUUGCUUCCCCCUCCCACCACCCCAGAUUAAAUGUUUGUUCCGCCUUGUGACUUUGUCGUCGUCGUCGAAAGGCCUGAUCCUCCUCUCCGGAUCCUCUACAUGCCAAAGCACACAGACGCACGUACACAAGCUCAUAUAUUGUGGUGCAAACCGAUUCUAGCACUUUGGGUAAUGCUGCAUUUCAGGGUUUAAUUAGAAUUUGUUCUUUCAAAUUAAUGGCUGUCAAAUUGGAGAUGAGUUUAGUUAAUGCCAAUUGGUUUCUGUUAUGUUUUAUUGUAUUUUUUUGUUGUUUUUAAGGCAAGCUGGAGCUGGUGUCUUGGUCCUGAUAAAGAGGUGUAAUUACGGCGUUUUCUGGGUGUAGUUUUAGGUGGCACAUUAAGUUAUUGCUGGCUGGUUGUACCGUGAGCAGUUUUUCAGUUUUUGUCUACUUUAUCUACUUGUCAUAUUUAAUAUACAUGGAGGAAAAUGCAUGGGAGGUUUCUCCUUUGGAUGAAGAUUUCUCUGUGGAUGGAACUUGAGGGGCUCUGAGGCAAAGGGACGUUGGCGGCCUCUGGUGGCCAGACGGGGUCAGUGCGGCACGUCAGCCAUGGGGGGGGCAGCUUAAUCUUCCUUGGACUGUGUGGUGGUUCACGAGAACUUUAUUGUUCAGAACCGGAAUCGGAUCAGAAUCAGAGUGAGUUUUAUUGGCCAAGUGUGCUGAUGCACACAAGGAAUUUGCUGUGGUUCUAGGUGCCUCCAGUAUUUACAAACAGGUGACACAGAAUUGCGGAAUAAUUACGUAUUUACAGAAUGUACAAACACGAGAGUAUAAAUAGUAGUAUAAAUAUUGAAAUAAAUAAGAAUUAAAUUACAAAAAGUGGUUGGAUAUCAUUGCACUGACAGGAGUCCUAUAGGGAAGUGUUAACUGUUCAUGAGAGUGAUGGCCUGAGGGGAAAAACUGUUCUUGUAUCCGGUCGUUCUGGUGGACAGAGCUCUGUAGCGCCUGCCACGGGGGAGAAGUGUAAGGAGUUUGUGCCCGGGGUGUGUGGGAUCAGUGAUGAUUUUGCUCGCCCGCUUCCACAUUUUGGAUUUGUACAGGACCUGAAGGGUAGGCAGGGGUGCACUAAUGACCCCGUCAGCCGUCUUGACUGUCAUUGUAGCCCGUUUCCCUGAUUGUUCCCGUGUGUGUGUGUGUGUGUGUGUGUGUGUGUGUGUUGGCACAUCUGGAGCUGUGUGUCUAAUGUUACAGACAGGAAAAAAAACACUAAACCAAGGACAUGUGGUAUGAGUUGAAUGUAGUCAGUGCUGCACAUGCUUGAGACUGGACAGUGAAUGUGGACAUAAGUCAGGGCUUCCCCUAGUGGACACCCUUGGUCACAAGCUGUUUUUUUUCUUUUCCCCCAUUUCAAAAGUGGACUGAGGCAUGGGAAGUUUCUCUGGUCCCAUGAUGUACGCAGCUGGGAAAGCUGGAGAUGUGUCCAUACAUACAUGAACUUAAUAAUGACGCUCACUUCAUUGGACGUGUUACUUCACGUGUGACAAUGAUUCGUGUUGGACCUGAAUCGAGGGGCCUCCUCCUGUCGUUUGCUCCGUUUUGGGAUGUGAGUUGGCGCCAUUUUAGGGUUUAACGGCUUCUUUUGGAUAGCGGCCCUCCGCUUUGUUAGAAUUUUUCAGCCUCAGUUGAGGCCCCUAAGAGCUGGGGGGUCUUCCUCGCCCUGACACUCUGAUUGGGACGCCCCUCGCCUGCAGGGUUUCCAUGACGACGUGCCCUGCAGGGAUGCUCUCUUCGCUCCACCCCCAGUUUUUAACUGCUUUUGACCAACGUUUGUUGUUGCAUUUUUGUCAGUGUUGUGCAACACAGGGGACUGGCACAGCCAGCCUGUUCAGAGGAAGAACAGGUUGGGCAACAUAGUAACUGAGGUGUGGGAUCGUUGUACUAAUUAUAGUCAGUUUUCAACAUUUUUAGAUGGGAAAGAAAAUAACCUCCAUGGACCUGUGUCUUAAGAAAGCAGAUUGAGAGUUUAGAAAUGUGUGUCACGGUGAUGAAGAGAACACAAUGUAGGAAUUCCUGGAAAAUGAACGAAUGUGUGACGUCUAAUAGACUUUCCUCUUUUGGAGGGUCAGGUUUGACCUCUGGACGCAGGCCUGACGAGAGCCAGAGUUUUUGUCCUUUUACUCGUUUCCUUUUGUUGAAAAGAAGAAUUUCAAUCAGAACUGAUUGAGACAUGUGAGAAUUAUGGUGUGACUCUGUUUCUCUUGUGUAUCCUUACUUUGAAAAUAUGGUACUAAUGUUUUUGUGCUCUCUUUUGGUCCUGGAGAUGUUAGUCGCUGUCAUUUUUUAGUUCUUUAUUUUGUUGCCACAAGCUCAUCUACAGAGACUGUAGACUUCAAAAUCAAUGUUGGCCUAAGUUACUGAGACUUGAGCAGUAUUCUUGAUGUAUUUCUCAAUAUACUUGAAGAAGUGAGUUUAUUAUCUGGUCAGGAAAAACCUUGUAACAGUGUUAUAUUUGAACUAAGUAAAAGAUACAGAGUUAACUUCCAGUUAUUAAAAUGGUUUCUUAAAGGUUUACUUAAUAUGGUCAUUUGUUAACACGGUCAUUCAGGAGCUAAGCAGCAGGAAGCAAUAAUAAGAUUACAGCAAAUUCACUGAAGAAUGAAAAUACAUUCCGAAUUCUAUUACUGUGUAUCUAUAUUGCCAUAUCAAUUUACAGUUAAAAAUGGGUGCAUUUAAACAAUUUACCUGGCUGUGCUGGACCUCAGAGUCAUCGUUCAGAUUGGGGUUCUGCCCUCUAAGUAUCUUAGAUGCAUCUAUUUGGGGUUCUGAUGACAUAGGAGGGUCUGUGCAAAUAUCUGGAAUUGUGACUUGAACUGGAACACGUGUCCUUGAAUGAUUUCUGCAGGGUCACUGUCUGCCUUUCACAAACACACCCCUAAUAAAUAUCUUCCUGUCCAUUUCAUCUCUGACAACCGAGACCUUCCACCGGUCCACCAUGUUCGACCAGACUGGACACCCCGGUUGUCAGGCCCUCUGUCCGUUCGCUGUUUUUCAGAGGUUUACAUCAUGCAGGACUUUGCUGCUAAGACAAGUUGCGGAAUCAAUCCAGUGUUUCUGGUGCAUUUAAGGAAAAACAAGGCCAUACGUAUCAACAAUGGCUCACAGAUGAAAUACAGAGUCUUCCUUAGUUGUGAAUGUUUUAGUUCUCCGUUAUGUCGCUGUAUUUAUUUAAAACUGCACUUACUUGUGACAAAACAUUACAGCAGUGUCCCUAAUGUACUCCUGGUGGGGGCAUUUCACUAAGGACACCUCCCUACGGUGGCUGACAUAAUCUGGAUUGUUCAAAGAGAAACUGAACUCAAACAUGUUUACAAAGUCAAGGCAAAACAUUUUGCUAAAGGUACAUAAGUUACUUGGUCAUUUGAAGGAAUCCCUAAUGUUUUCUAAGGUAUCUUUGGGCUGAUGGAACUGUAGCGGAGCCUUUUUGACAGUAUUCAAACUCGCUUGGAGCUUAAUGAGUGUUUUCGUUUGCAAUGUCAUCAUGCCAUUGAGUACAAACAACAACACUGGUUCUGUGAACCGAGUCUGUGUGAAAAACAUUUCCAGGUCAAACUAAUAAAACUGU